AUUUUGGCGGGGGUGGCGGUUCGUUUGGGUCAUUGUUUUGGAAUUCCUUCCGUUCGGAUUUUCCUUGCAGUGGGAAUAGCGGCGGCAACGACGGCCGUCUCUAAGGCUCCACAUGGCCAAACGUGUGCGGGAAAGUGAAGUUUUGGCUUCUUCCCUGCUUAAUAGUGUGAAUCAAGCAAUAGGAAAACUACUAGAUUUGUGGGAUGAAAUGGGAAUUGGCAAAGAGCUGCAGCUUGAACGUAUGCAUGCUGCAAAGUCCUACAUUGAGAAACUAUUGGAAGAAAUGAUUGAUGAUGAAAACAGUGUGAAAGAAAAACUUGAAAAUGAUAUUAAAAUUCAGAAAAAUCAGCUGAAUAUACUCAGAGACCAACUUGGUCUGGACCCUUACAAGGUUGAUGAUGGCUUAACUAUCCUUCAAUUAGAGAAGGAAUAUCGUCUGGCUUUGGAGAGCGCCCUUAGAGAAAAACAGGAGAGGCUGGGGAAGUUGACACAGCUACAGCGAGAAGAUCAGGCAUUAUGCGCAGAGCUUUGUGUAGUCCCUUACUACAUCCCUACCGGCAGUAUUCCGAAUAGUACACAGCUAGAAGAAAUAAAAGAACAUGUAACAAAUCUUCUGAAAGUAAAGGAACAAAGAUUAGAAGAGUUUCAUAAACUGAGAAGAGAAAUCAGACUAUAUAGUAAAGAAAUUGGGCACACACCCGAUGGAACAUUGGAAAAUGAUAUGUUAUGUGACGAUGAAGAAGAAGGAUAUAUUUGUCUUACAAAAAAGUAUCUUGAAGAUCUUCAACAGCUUAUCCAUCAGUUGCAGAAGAAGAAGGAGUCUCUGAUGGCCACCAAGGAUGUCCUGAUGAAACAAGUUCAACUUCUAUGGGACAGACUUCAGUGGCCCCAAGAAAAUCAAGAAGAGUUCACGAAAAGGGUCAGCCAGUGUUCCAUCUGUGAAGCCACAAAUAUGUGGGAAGAAGAAUUACAAACACUGGAAGAGGUGAAGAAGGAGAAACUUAAAGAAAUAAUUUUGAAAGUCAGACAAGAUCUUGAAAGCUAUUGGCAGAAAUGCUUUUAUUCUGAUGAACAAAAAGCUGCGUUUCAGCCCUUUUAUGAUGACAAUUUCUCAGAAGAAUUGUUGCAUUAUCAUGAUGAAGAACUGUUCAAAAUAAAAAUGGUUUAUGAGGAAGACCAGAGUCUUUAUGAUACUGUUCAUAAAUGGGAGGCCAUUCUGGAUCGCUUCAUUGAAUUUGAGAAAAAAUCAACAGAUCCAAGCAGGCUCCUAAACAGAGGCGGUAACCUGCUCAAAGAUGAACGCGAAAGAUCGAAGACUCAAAAGCAGUUAUCAAAGUUAGGGGAAGAACUGAAGAAAAAAGUUGAACAUUGGGAGAAGGAACAUAAUUCAAAUUUCCUUAUUAGAAGCCAGAGGUUUCUUGAUUCCAUGGCCCGACAGUUACAACAUUACAAACUUAAAAAAGAUCAACCCAAAACAUCAGUGAAGUGGGAGGAAUCUGCAACUCCAAAAGGAGCUAUGAAAAGACUUGCCCAGUUGAAUACUCCAACUACAAACAAGAUACGCAAAGUAGCCUCAAACUUAACUGUACUUAAAGCAUCCAGUUGCAAUAACAUAGCAGCCAAUUUUGCUGUUCCUAGUAAACAGUUGCUUCAAAGCAAAACUCCUUCCAAAAGCACACCUCUAUAUUCCCUGCACCAACCAUCAUUAGAAGAGUGCAAGAAAAGCAAAUCUGACAACCAACUUAGUUAUUCAGAUUUUCUGAAGGAACUUGCCGUUAAAUCAAGCAUCAACAACAGGAUUUUGAAUUCCACACUCAAAGAGAAUUUGAAUGAAUGAACCCUACUUGAAGUCUUCUCUUGCAAAGCUCAUCAAGUCAAUGGGAACUGUAAAUAUAAUGAAUGAACAUUUUAUCAUUAUGUAAUAAGAUACUAAUAGGUCACCUCUUUGUAAUAAUCCGUAUUUCUUUUCUGGUUGUAUUUAUAUAAAAGAUAAUCAGAAUACCAUCACUUAUAUAAUAAAUGCUAUUUUUAUGGAAGAACGACUUUAGCAAACAGUAAGCUUAAAUAGUUUCUUUUAUAUGUCUUAAAUGCAGAGUGAAUAUACCAAAUGAGGGGGUUUAUGAUUAAAGGAAUAAUUAUAAGUUGAGGGGGGAGGUGAUAAAAAGCAGGUGUACUGUACAGUAUCAGAAAGCCCUUGUUUAUUUAAGACAAUAUAUGAAAGUCAGGUUAUUCAUUGAUAUGUUUUCCUG